AUGGUGGCGUUAAUUGAGUGUUAUGCUUCCCAUCCUCAUGUUUCGGGCUUCAAUCCUGGUUUGGUCCUGGUUGUUUAUGCAACGUUAAACCCGCCUUGCUACUGCAUGCUUAUCAUUCUUGUUAAUAUUAGCGUUGAAACAUAUUUGCUUGCCUGGAUAAGCAAAAAGGCUCAAAGACGGGGUCAUGUGCGAUACAGUCCUGGUGAGAUAACAGCCGAAGAAUCACAUGACGUCAGUUCAUUGAAUCUUUCAGUACACGCUGAUCACACUACACGAACUAACCGAGUGCGAGCAGCUAGAUAUGAAUCAACAACUCCAUCAACAUCUACAGCACCUCGAGGUCGUGGUCGAUUUAAUUCCCGACAAGAUGUAAUUGUGCCGGAUUCUACACAGAAACCCAGCACAAACCGAUUUCGUAGUCGGACGGAGAGCACAAAUAUUCCAUCCUCAUCAUCUACCAUAAAACCUACUCGAGCGCAAUUUACCUCUCGAGGCAGGGUAACAAGAUCCUCGACAACAACAUCUAACCCCACUGUAAAUGCAGAUGAACCUACAAAGAUUCAGAUUCCGACAAAAUAUGAGCGGCGAACUCAAAGACGUACCACAGUACCCAGCUCUACUGAGGUUGUAAGAUCUACUGCAGUCCCCGCUUCAGCUCAGAGACGGUCUUCAAUAAUCAGCACGACUGAAACUCCAAGAUCUUCAGCAACAACCCCUUCUUCACAAAAACGCUCAACGACUACCUCGACUGAAAGCGCCAAACCCAUAAUAGUGACGCCGCAACCAAGAAGAGGGCGUAGCAGACAAGUAGUUACAGAGACCUUACAAACCGUGGCCACUACAACAAGCCGAUCAUGGAAGGAUGGCACCAAACGAAGAUUAUCAGCUAAACCUACUUCAGGGUCCAAAAGUAUAAAUAUUUCUGGAGAUAUUGAAGAUGAGAAUUAUCCAGAACAUUUCAAACUCCUUUUGAAAUCAAAACAACCAUCGUUAACUACUAAACGUACACCAAAAUCGAAUGAAGUUUUCGAUAGCGCACCAAGUCCGUCUUCUAAUAACCCUGUAUACAAACCACGAAAAAUAGAUGCAUUCCGACCUCGACCAGUGAGCAGACCCGAUGUACAAGUAACGUCAACAACAACGUCUACCACUUCCACUACGACGGUUAAACCGAAACCUGAAAGGAAUUCAUCCACAUUCAAUAGAAAACCCAAAUACCUUCCACAAAAAUUAGAAAAAAACCCAACACUAGCAAGCAUCCCGCCCAAAGUCCAACGAAGAUCCAGCACCAGAAAGCUGCCAUUCUCCCCACUACGAUCCAAAUUUCAAUCACCGAACACUGAAUCUUAUGAGGACUCUACGAUAGAAAACGAAAUUCAGGCUGAAUCACCGACUCCCCGAAAACGAAACAAGUUCAGUUCACGAUUCACAACGGAAGCAACCGUUUCACCAAGGAUUCCAAUAUUUGCAGGGCGUAGUCGCGAAAGGCAUAGUGAAGAGCAAAAUGAUAGUAAACCAGCAAAGUUUGAUAUUAACAUUCCCAACCAAAAAUAUAGUUCCCGCUUCCGAGGUGAUCCUCUCCGUACACCUAAUGAUCACCCGAUUUAUAUUCCAACUAUACCAACGAUAACCACGGAAUCGGCAAUUGGAUGGGAUUGGCCAUUAAAUCAUCCACUAAUCAUGAUCGGUCCACAUUUCGCUGACCUACGAAACAACUACCAUCAAACUAAAGAUCAUCAUCAUCUGCAACAGAACCAACCACCCAAGAUUCAGGCGAGGUCAUCGUACCAAUACAAUGCGGUAUCAACUCAACAUUCAUCAAAGUUCCCAUCGAAAUCAUCAUCAUUGCCAUUAUCGCGACCGAUUUAUAACAAACGUCCUGUUCCACGCCCUCAACUGCAGGUCUAUGCCGAAGACCGUUCAAGGAGAGGCCCUGAGCCACGAGCCUUAGCAGUAUCAAAGCCAUCGAUGAUUUCAGCUUAUCAUCCUACUAAACCUUCGGCUAUAUUACCGGCACCUAAUUUCGAGGAUAUAUGGUCGAUGUUUUUUGACAUCGAACAGGAGGAGACAGUGGAAUUGAGCCUUCCCGAAUAUGAUGAAAGUAUCGGAUUAUAUAAUGUCAUCGAUCCUGUUCCAGGCGCACUGAUGCGUAGCGAUAUAAAUGUUGAAACAUCAAAUCACUCGCCUUCAGUAACAGUAUCUAUAUUUGGUGCUUUGGCGAAUAUAUUGUCACAAACAACGGAAAACAUCGAUGAUAUGAUUUCGAAAGUGGUGGAUGUUAACCCACCAGGGACUCCUACAACAACAACUACCACGACAACUACUACAACAACUACCACCACAACAACCACCCAAUCGCCGCUUGACUUUAUAAAUACUCAGGUACCAAAUAGAAUUGAUAGCACUACUAAUCAAGUCUCGGAUCGUAUUGAAACCACAAUGAUCAACGACGAGUCGAGCUCUGUAUAUAAAAGAAACGAUGAUGAUAAAACUGAGAGAAAUGAUGGUACUAUUACUAAUAAUCUAAGUAGCGUGGAUCAAAACGAUGAAAUAUCCUCUCGAUCAUUAGAUAUUCCCCUUGAACCUGAAUCCUUAACCACCCCUACCCCUCAAAGUAGUCCCUUGUUUGAAUCAUCCUCAGACAAUUCCCCAACAGAAAAUAUUUCACCGGCCCUAUCUCAACAGUCAGAUUUUUCACCAAUAGUCACAGAAACAACUAUAUCAACACAAACUUCCGCUAGUUCAACUGCACACGAUGCUUCUACUAACGUAGCUUUUAAUGAUGAAAUAACAACCACACCAACGCUCACAGUAACCUUCCCAUCUAACCUACCAACUAGCUUGCCACCACCUUUCAAUUUGCAUGCACUAGUAACACCGGGUAGUGAUUUGAUAACUCAGGGUAGUAUUUCAGCUGAAAAUUUGGGUACUUCCGCACAAAACAUUACUGACGAUCCUGACGAUCCUGACGAAGACGACUUUGUACCGACAACGAUGAUGACAACCGACUUACCCACAGAAGUCAGUACCGGGACAACCGCAGGAAUGCCUAGGACAGCGCAAACAAUUACUCUCGCGGACUUGUUCAGUAUCAAGCCGCGCAAAAUAAAUCAUUCUACUGAACCGGUGAUCAAUGUUAGCCCUAUUUAUCGGAGGCCAGCUGAAGCUGAAGUUGAAAAUACACUUACUAAUCAGGACACUUCAACAAUGGGGUUAUCUAAUCUACUAAGCGAGCCACCUUCUGAAUCAACUUUGAUUCCAGAGCAAGGUAGCUCCACAGCUCCCGACACUAAUGACAUAGAAAGUGCGUUCACAGAAAGUACUCGUAAUGAAUUCAAUACAAUCGAUUCCUCGGGAAAUUUAGCUGAAUCACUUGAACAAAUAGAUGAACUCAUAAAGGAAUACCCAGAAAUAGAAACAAAAGUUGAACGUCCUUUGAACAUUUUAAAUGUGCUUGCAAUUGAAAUUAGUUCUAUUCUUAAGGGUGACGAACUCAAGCAAUUCACCAGUCAACUAGGGGACUUGCAAGUAGACUAUGAUGAGUUCGGAGGUAAUAUGUCACAAUUAACGAACACAACUAAUAUAAGUAGCUCUAGUGAUGCAACAACUACUAGUUUUACGGUCUCUAACGCAACAGACUCCACAUUAAAUGUCGAGGAGGUAUUGUCACCAAACCCCAAUGAAACUGGUAGUACAAUAUCUCAAAACUUAGAAACUUUACUUGUUACGACUCCGCUAACAAUUUCCGAUCCGGAUCCAACAACAACAGAAGAAUCCUUAAAUGUUAACACCCUUAAUGUAAAUUCCAAUGAUACACAAUCAUCCACACUUGAAAUUGAAACAGGUAAGGUAGAAACAACACAAAUUGUAACUAAUCCCACAACAAACAAAACACCAACACAAAACACUUUGUCAAUUGAAAGAUCUGACUCCACCAGUGAGAAAUCCAUUUCACUAUCUACUCCCUUGCCAACUACAACAACAGUACAAUCCACACAACCAUCAGACCAGUCAACAUUACCCCCAGUCACAAUAGCUACAACAACGGUCACAGCAACGACAACUACAAUUAGUCCUUCUUCGCCGACAAGCACGUCUUACAGACCACGAUUUGCCAGUCGUAUUCCCAUCCAGUCGGCGGGAAAGAUCAGUUCAACAACGUCACGUGCUCCGGGACCAGACUAUGUCAUCUACGGAGUCCUUCCCAAUAACACUGUAGUCCGCAAGAUCCCGACAAUACGACCACAGGCAGAUCGAACAAUUGCAGUCUACGGAAUCCUACCUAAUCAAACGGUGGUGCGGAAGUAUCCAAACGGCACAAUAUUGCCCGUUCGUAAUGAUGACCUCGAGGUAACCGACAUUGAUCCGAGAAUGCUAUUCAAUCCGUACAGUGAAUUCUAUCGAACAACCGUGAAUAUUAGACAAAUCACUACCGUUAAUCCAGUAACAGUGCAACAACCAAUUCCUACAACAAUACCAGUAAACGAUGCAGAACUAAUGGUCACAAAUAGUACUACCCCUAAUUCCACUACUAUGAAUGUUGAUAGACAAUUAACCGUGAAUAGUGAUAAGAAUAAUGAAGACAAUGUGAAUAGUAACGAUCCUACUACCACUGAGUAUUCCGCGGCAACGGAUGGGGUUGAUAUUGAUGAAAACCCAACUGGUGCUAACAGUACUGCAAAUAUUACUACUACUGACCCGGAAACGGAAAAUAUUCUAUUCGACAUAUUGAAACGAAAAUACAUAAACCCAGAAUUCGAUGUGAAAUCUUCGAAUGUCUUCAGUUUAGCAAUGUCCCGUAACCGUAACUACAUGAUGAUGAUGAAUAACUCGCAAAUGAUGAUGGUUCCAAUGCCAACUGGAGCAGACAAUCUCGAUCAGGCAUUAUUGAGUGCUUUGAACAACCCAGCAAUGAUGAAUGGAAUUACUGAAUUGCCUUCGACAACCCCAGCAACUACUAACCCUAUUGUUACUUCAACAAAUGCCUACGAACAGUCUAUGAUUACCUCCACAGUCCAAAGACCAGUAACAUCGAAAAUGGAAACGACGAGUAAACGAACACAAGAUAAUACUGUUCCAGAUUCUGAUAAUUCUUACCGUGAAGGUCUGACAAAGGAUAAAAAGUCUAGCACGACUCCUGUCGUAGUCUAUGCUCAAGCUAGUACAACAGUUUCAGUAGCAGAACCUCCAUCAACUCAGCCAUCAUCUAGUGCUGUUUACCCAGUGAACAUGCCUACGGAAACUACUAGUUCGGUACCUGUUCCAACGGCUGUUACAACAUCACCUGCACCAAUAACAUCAACAAUAACAACAGCUGCUACCACCAAAAUGGCUAGCCCACGAACGAGAAUCGUAAUGCCUGUUACAACGACCCCAAUGGCAGCCACCACCGAUCCCAUAAUACCGCAAAAAACUAUAAAGACUACAACUACUGAGAGUCCUUUUGAUCGAAACUUACGAAUUCUUCAAGAAAUUUUAAGGUUGCAGCAAAACCUUGCCGAGCAGGUCACGAAAACCACAAGCGCCACUGCUAUCACUCCCAAGCCUACUAGUAGUACAACUGAAGCUACUACGACCACAACAACCACCUCAACUACUCCCAGUACAACAACAACAACCACAACAACUACCACGACAACCCCCAAGCCAACUACAACUACAGCAAAAGUUCGAACUACGACCAGCUCCGAUGCAGAUGAUUUAAAUUUCUUAUCCAAUCUGCGUUUACUUUUGUUCGGGCAACAACAAGUAAGGGGGUCGCCGGCUAGGGCUACAACACAAAAGCCACGAACAACCAAGGCAACAACAACAAAACCAACAACUACGACUACAACAACUACUACAACAACCACUACAACCCCCAAGCCUACACCGCCUGUUAAUAAUAAUAUCGAGGAUUUACUGAAUAGUUUCCAGACAAUAACCACAACUCGUAAACCAGUUCGAACUACUUAUUCGGAUAGCGAUGAUAUUGCAUUCCUGAACUCGCUUAGACAAUUUGCUCAGGUAUCGGAUGUGACAACAUCUCAUCCUCCAACAUUUGCAAAUAGAAUCAUUGAGUUGGCAGUGAAUAACAGAGCGUCAUCAACAACACCCCUUUCUGUUCUGUCAGAAAAAGCAACGGUAACACCCUUGCUUUCAUCUAAUGAUAUAUCCAGUCACCAGCAAGAUCAAGCUUCACUCAGUGCCGAUCUUCAAUUGUUAUCGUCCUUACUGGGACGACCGAUAACAGCCGAUGAUCUUCCUACUCUCACAAAACAAACUGCGAAAAAAUCAUCUACUGUUCCAAGGACAACGACCAGUACUACCCCUGCAACAACUACCACUCGCACAACACCCAAACCUCCGCUUUCCAAUCAUGAGCUUCAAUCAGGCCAAGAAGAUUUAGAAACUAUAAAUCGGGACCUGCAACUACUCUCAACUUUGCUAGGAAGGAAAGUUACAAUUGAGGAUCUUCCUCAGUUGACACAGCAGUUCGGAGGAGGGAAAAGGGCUAGUCCUACCCAAAAACCAAUGACAACUGCGACUCCAUCGACUACUACAACAACGACGACAACACAUGCGCCAACCACCACCAGUCCUUGGAUACCAAUGUUUGCUACAUCCUCAUCAACCUCGAGCUCUAUAAGUCGAGACGAAAUUCUAGCCUUGCUGAGAGCUCAAGGCAUGGAUGGCACCAUUAACGCUCCUGGUAUCGAUUUGUAUGGGACCAGCAAUGAAGCAGUCCUGGCAGCUUUGCUGAAACAACGUGGUAUUGGCCCAGCAAAUAAUAAUAUUCCAACCAGUAGCCCGACACCCACCCCUUAUACCACAACAAGGGCGCCACGUCGUCCUCGACCGCCGCCACCACCACCUCAGCGUCAAUCGCGGCCAAUUUUGGAUGGAUUAGCAUGGCUGUGGCGAACCUGGCAAGACACUGCACCAGGUCCAAAUGGUGCGGCCACUAAUGCAAGACCCAGACCAACACAGCCACGAAUUAGAAGUCCUGCCAUACCAAGCGGCUAUCAAGGAAACAGUCCGGCCCAAAGCUAUCCUAACAGCAAUCAAGGUCUUGAUUCGGGUCCGAGCGCUAAUGACGGUGUGGCACACUUAGAUCCACCUAGUAAUACACCUUUCCAAUCAGGUGGGCUCCUAAAUGCAGCGUUUGGUAUCACGCGUGCAGUUACUCAAUUUUUGGGUAAUGCAUUCCAGACUGCAUUUUCACCACCUCGCCAAACAUAUCCAAGCCAACAGGACUAUUAUAGCUUAAGUGCCGGUUAACACAGAGCUCUUGCUUGAAGCAUCGAUUUUAAUCUUAAAUAUUAUAUUACUUCUAAAACAAUUCAAAAGAAAUAUUCUAAUUUCUAGUUUUGUUUUACAAAUUUACACAUAAUUUACUUAAUAAACUAUUUAUGAGUCACUUUUCAGAGGGAGCCGUUUUCGGCAAAUUUUGUAAAAAAGAUUGAUGACUUUUUGUACAGUGGAGCUGUUUUUACUAACAGUUAUUUAUAAUUAUUUAGGCUAAUACGAGAUGGAUAUAUUAGUCGUCACUAGCAAUUAAGGAUAACAAAAUGGAAGAGAACAAACUAAACAUAGAGAAAACUAAACAUGGUGCAAAUGUAGUGAGUCCUAAAAAGUUAUUUAAACAUGUGCGACAUCAUGUGCUAUAAUUUCUUGCCCUCUUUCCAUAUUGUGAUUUAGUGCCUAUCGUCCAUAGUUUUCGAAGCGAUAUUCUAUUUUACCUUAGAUAUAUUAUUUAUAUACGAAAAUUGUACAAUAUAUAUAGGUAGGAAAUGAAAAUGUGGAAUGUAUGAACAGAAAUAAACAUAUACAAAAUAA